UUUGUGUUUAAAUGUUUGUUUACAGUCCACUAUCUUUGUAAGUGUAUAGUUAUCUAACAGUCGAUUAAGAGCAGUAACGUUUGCCUGUCGUUAACCACCAAGCUAAUAGAAAUCCGGCGACUUGAUGCUCCUGUGAUAUAAAGUUAAUAAGACAUCAACAGGUUCCUCGCUGAAGCACAAUGCCUGAAGUGAAGUCGAUGUUUCGAGAGGUUCUGCCUAAACAGGGUCAGCUCUCCGUGGAGGACGUUCCCACCAUGGUCCUGUGCAAACCCAAACUCCUGCCUCUGAAGUCUGUGACGCUGGAGAAACUGGAGAAGAUGCAGCAGGACGCUCAGGAGAUCAUCAAACAACAGGAACUGGCUUUGAAGGAGCAGCAGCCGCAGCCGCCUGAGAGAGCAGAGUAGGGCACACUUCU